UUCUUGUUCUAUCAAUCAAAACACGGCACCAGCCGUGAGCCGUAUCGCAAUCCGCAGCAGUUUUCAUUUCAGUCAAUCAGCCAGCCUGUUGCGUUGAGUGUGUGUAUUCUAAUACAGUUAACGGAUCACGUAUAAAUUUGUGCUAUUUGAUAUGAAAUAUAUCUACCAGUGUUGUUAAUCGUGUAGUGUGAACUAAAUAAACAACUUGUUACAUUAACUGAACUGAAAAAGAUAACACGAAGUUUUGUGUCCAUUCGAGUGGUUUCAAAUUGACUUUUGACGUCACGAGUGACAACCAAUCGGUUGGCGCGAAAGAAAAAACUACAUUGCGUGUUUUUGUUUUCAAUCGUGCUUACGAAGUUUAUUGUUUUGACUGUAUCGGAUGGCUCGUAAUAGGUGAAUGUUUUGUUUGUUGGAAAUAUGCUUUUAAAAUGUACUGCGGACGGAAGGCCGAUCAAAGUGAACGGAGCGCCGGUCAAUCACGGGAAUGGUGCGAGAGGCAUGAAAAUGACUAUGUCUACGUCACCGACGAUGAGUGCUCGGGUACACAGGAAAGUGAUGCGGGCGCCGCAUAAGCGGGCCCACCCGGGUAAGACGCAGCACCCGGGCAAAAUGGUGCACGCCGGGAAAAUCGCACACCACCCGGGUAAACUGGCACAUUUAGGCAAAUUCGGGAAACUCGCGCACUACGCUCACACGCACGCCCUGCGGCCGCCGGAGCCGUGCGAGAACAGUAACGACAGCGGCCUAGGACCCGACGCCACCAACAGAUGUUCGGACACUUUGGAGGAGUGGGAACACCCGGAGUUGAAACGACGACGCGGCGACAGUGAAGCGGCGGUUAAACUAGAAUGCGACGACGCAAACGACGCGUACGCUUUCCGUGCACCGGGCGCGGGAGAGCCCGCGUCCGCCAUUGUACCCGCGCUGCCUGACGCUCCCGCCGCCACGCUUGCGCCGGCGCUACCCACUCCCGUAAUGAGAGCUGGUUGCAGUUUAUCUAGUCCAAACAUACCUGAAACUACUGGCAAAAGAUUCCAGGACCCGUACAGAUCGUGCGGGAAGCUGGGCAGUGCUGGGAAACUAGCCAGCAAGUACCCGGGAGGGGGGAAAUUAGUUGGUGCUGGAGGGAAAUUAAGUGGGAAACUAGCAGGGAAGUGGGGAGGUAAAGUAGCACAGGCAAUGGCGCGACGAAGGGUGGUAGCAAACAUGAUCCCGGGCGGCAGGCCUGGGCUGUCGUCGCCACUGUCCAACAGGUCGAGGGAUGGUACCGUGGAGCUGCAGAUUCUGUGCCAACCCGAGACACAACACAGAGCGAGAUAUCAGACUGAAGGCAGCCGAGGUGCUGUCAAAGACAAUUCUGGGAAUGGCUUCCCAACUGUCAAAUUACUUGGUUACGACAAACCAGCUGUGUUACAGGUAUACAUAGGUACAGACACGGGUAGGGUUGCCCCACACAUGUUCUACCAAGCGUGUCGGGUGUCGGGCAAGAACUCCACGCCGUGCAAGGAGAGGAAGGAGGAUGGCACAGUCAUCAUAGAGAUAGACCUGGAGCCCGCCAAGAACUGGCAGGUCACCUGUGACUGUGUAGGGAUACUCAAGGAGCGCAAUGUGGACGUGGAGCACAGAUUCGGCGAGGCACUAGGAGGCAAUGCGACCGUGGGCUCAGGCACCAGCGCCGCGCACAUCUCGCGAGGCAAGAAGAAGUCCACGCGCUGCCGCAUGGUGUUCCGGACCGACAUCAUCAACGCCGCCGGCCACACUGAGACGCUACAAGUCUGUUCUACACAAAUUAUAUGCACCCAACCGCCAGGUGUUCCAGAAGUGUGUCGCAAGUCCCUAGUGUCGUGCCCCGCGACCGGCGGCCUGGAGCUGUACCUGCUGGGCAAGAACUUCCUCAAGGAGACCCGCGUGGUCUUCUGCCAGCGACAGGACGGGCGCACGCACUGGGAGGAGGAGGUCGCGCCUGACAAGGAGUUCUUACAACAGACGCACCUAGUAUGCUGCGUGCCGCCGUACUGCCGCUCGGACAUAUCGGAGGCGGUGGCGGUGCAGCUGUUCGUGCGGUCGGGCGGCAAGGCCAGCGAGCCGCACGUGUUCUACUACACGCCGCCCGCGCUCGACACCGGCCCGCAGCACUGCUCGCGCCACCACACGCAAGUGGGUGCAGGUGGCGAGGAGGCGCGGCCCGUGCUGCUGUGGUCGGGGAUGAUGCCGCCGCCCGCGCUGCCCGUGCGCCGCCCCUCCAUCAUCCUGCCCGACCCGCACUCGCCCGUCGGACUCAAGAGCGAGGUGGCCGACGAGACCAGCCAGCACUCGCUCGUAGACGGAGGCGAGUCAUCGUGUGGCGCUGAAGGACCCGACAAGCCAAUGAGCAUGUCUGACGAACUCAACAUCGUGGACCUCAGGCUCAAGUCUGAGAUGUCCAGGGACUCACAGAGCCAGGUGGGUUUCGUGGGUGGCUACGACAAUAUAAAGCUGUCCCCGAGCACCCCGGCCGCCAGCUCGCCCCCCUCCCCCCUGGCCACGUUCACGCAGCAGCUGCAGGCCAUACAGAACCAGGUGCAGACCGACAAGAUGGUGGAGACCGUCACCGCCGCCAUCUUCAACUCAGACGACAACGCGCCGCAGAUCUACCCCACCAUGAUGCAACCCAUGGACACCAUGCGACAACUGAUCUCCUCCAAGAGCGUGGACCCGCUCGAGACAGACAUGAAGGUGCUCAACCCGGAGCUCAUGAUCACAGAGACCUCCAUGCAGCAGAACGUGAUGCAGACGAACGAGCAAAGACUGAUAGUGUACAACCAGAUGCAGGCGGCGGCGCAGGACGACUCCUUCCCCUUCGGCAACAUGACCAAGCUGGAGAUGGGCACCACCGCCAUCGAGCACCGCCUGGCGCAGCAGUCCGCGCACAUGGAGGCGCUGGUGGAGGACGCCAUGAAGGCCACCGCCGCCAUGCUGCCCGACAGCUCCAAGCUGGACGAGCUCGUCAACUCGCGCGUGGACGACCACCUGCAGGCCGGCGCCGCGUCCCCCGCCCGGGCGCAGCCCGACCUGCUGCCGCCCAUGCCGGCCUCCGCCAUCUCGCCCGACGUCAUCCUCAACCCGCAAGUGUCGCCCACCAUGCUGUGCGACUCCUCGCAGCGCAUCGUGAUGCCGGCCGGGCCCUCGCAGGACGAGCUCAUGAUGAUCCAGGACCAGGUGCAGCUCACCUCGGUGAAGACUCCGCCCGCCGCCGUCAAGUCCAUGAUCCUCAACGCGGCCGCCGAGAUCCUCACGUCCGACACCACCAUGAACGCGCUGGUCACGUCGGCCAUCAACACGGCCAACAUACUGACCACCGAGAGCGUGUCGGGCUCCGGCGGCAUGCAGACCACGGACUCCGCGCAGCCCCCCGCGGAGCCGGCGGGAGAGACUCCGCUGGUGGCCAUGUCGCAGGCCGUGUCGCAGGCCGUGACGCAGGCCGUGUCGCAGGCCGUGUCGCAGGCAGUGUCGCAGGCCGUGACGCAGGAGAUGACGGCGCCCGUGCAGGGACUCACCGACAUGAGCGACCAGGACCUGCUGUCCUACAUAAACCCCAGCACGUUUGACCAAGUGUAAGGCCCGCGCCGCCGAUACUUCCCGGAUAGUGGCGGGACACUUUGCCUACUGAAUGCAUUUCUUGUGUCGAGGGCUCAAAAGCAGUUUUUAUGUGAAUUUUUAAUGGAUGUCUACGUAGAAGUAAAGUAUUUAGCAAAUAGAGAAUAUAAUCUCCGGACGUGUGGAUGUCGUGUCGCUAUGUAUCUCAGGUUGAGCUUGGUACCUAAUGUUUGGUCGUCAAUUAUCCAUCAUGUGAGUCAGUAUUACAGGGCAAAUCAAUUGAACACGUCGCACUAACGAAUUAUUGUGGAUCGGCCGAUGUGUGUACUCGUAUGUAUUUAUGUAUGGGGAUAUACCAGACAUUACAUUCAUGUUAUAUCAUAAGUAUAUUACACCGACUAUUAUAUUGACAAAUCCUAUAUUUAUUAUACAGAUAGUACUCUACAUGUGUGAACCUAGAUCUAAUUCGGACGUAUGUAUGUCGCGCAACGAUAGCUACAGCGGAAUAUAUUGUGUGUCUAUGUUAAGGAACUAAUCAUACGUUGUCUUGUACGUAGGAUUUAUACUGUAUGUAUGCACGUAUGUGGAACACAAGUGUUGUAAAUAGCCACGGUCGAGUAUAUAGACGAUCCUCCCCGACUUCUGUAUCAGAAAUGAUAAUUUACAAUUUGUAAUUUUGUCUCAGAUUACGUGAAUUUAGUGAAACUUCAGAAUUGGACAACAUUCUACAACAAGAAUUGCGUCGGUUAUACGUGUUGAUGUACUUGCCACGUAGUCGCAGCCACCACUCGCGACGCCACUCGUGGCCCCAUGCCGACACGACCAGUAUUGUCCCUCCCGAUCACUCAGUGAUACUAAGUCUAAGUGAUUAGAAUAACCGGCACCUAUUUAAUUCUAAGUCCCUCAGCAGUUAGGCAGGAUCUAUAUAUAGCAUACGAGUCAUAUUUAUUGAUACUACACGCUCAGUACUGGAGCAAAACCAAAAAGUUUUGAAAAUUUUUGAUGACACAUAUAAAAUAAAAUUAUCAUUUCUUUUACGGGUUUUUUGAGUUCAAUCAAUUAUUGUACACAAUAUAAGGUAGAAGGUUGGACAAUGUUACCUACAUAAAGUGCUAUCAUUAUUUUCUUCCCGCAUAGGGAUAGACAGAGGUGCUGCUUUAUGAUAUGGCCUAAACAAAGCUUGCAAAGGUCAUAAAUUAAUAGCUAUUUUUAUGUAGGUAACAUUGUUUAAUUCUUCUGUUUUAUUAACUAAAUCACAUUUAAUUGUAAACUUUUAUAAUAAAUAUGGAUGUUUUUGGUGGCGAAUAGUCAGUCGAUAUUCAGAUCAUUAUAAUGUUCACUGCUGGACAUUGGCAUUAUUUAUUUACAUUUAUCCAAUUUUGACACGAUUUUAGAAAUAUAUACCUAAAUUUUGAUAUUCUGAUUAUUCGCCCACCAGAGUCACACAAGAUUAGACCUUAUACAACAGUCCAUAAGCUUUAAACUAUAUAUUCCCGAGCAUACAUCGAACCACUGAAUUCACGCACUACAUUACUAAGUAGUAUAUUUUUAUAAUUAUGUUGUAUAUGAUUGUGAUAUGUAACUGAAUAUACAUAUUAAUCAACGUAGUAGUUAAUUUUUUUUAUAAGUGUAAGGAAAUUGUACUGAUGUGAUGAUAGAGCAAAGAGUAUAUUAAAAAAUUAUGUUAUGAACAUUUAUUAUUAAUUACAAAUGAGUUUUUAUAGAGUCGAAUGCUACAUAUUUGUGCCAUUUAAAUAAAUGUAAACGUAGAUAUAUGUUAGUGUAUGAAGCAUAUCGAUAGAGUUGUACCUACCUACUAUUGGUUUGUGGCCGACAUGAUGAUGUAAGCGUGCCUGUACGACGCUCCACUACCCAGACUUUGUGUGCGACGCGCGUUAACGUGCGUAGCCUGCGAGUGAUGCAAUGUUACUUCAUUUACGUAACGAUAGCAAACGCACGUUAACGCGCGAUCGCAAGCACGCCAAAACGGCUUAAAAACGGAUUUACUGACGCGUGCUUUUAAAGCUCCCGUCUAUUUUUCAUAUGAGGACAAAAUACGACAUAAUUAUUGCCAUUGAUCUAUAAUCAAAUCAAACGUUUUAUAUAUAAAUAUUUUUUGACAUAGAACACUCUACUUGUGGCAGUGAUUAUGUCUAGUUUUAUAGAGAAAUAUACAUUAUACAGUAUUUCAAUCGGGGACCAUGCAAAUAUACACACAUUAUACGAGAUAGACAUUAUAUAUAUACAAGUCUACAACAUUUUAUACGGAGUAUAUUUGACGCACCAAAUACAAUGUCUAUGAAUUUAUAUGUGCUGUUAUGGAAUAAACGAAAAUUUUACGUAAACGUAUAUUUAUUACUGUUGAACGCGGUGCAAAUUAUAAGAAUAUAUUGUUGUGCUAUCAUAUGACAAUUGUAAAUGUGUCAUUUUGCACAAUGUUCAUGUUAUUGUACCCGGGAAUCUCCUGUCUUCCUCUCAAGUCUUACUGAAUGUGUUUAGCAUCGUAUUCGUAUCUUUGUAUCCAAGCGACAUCACAUUUCAUUGUAUUUUAUACUUAUUUUGUUAGUCUUCCAUUUUGUCUGACAUUCGAAAACCUGUUUUUUUGUAACCUGUGAAUUUAUUUAUUUUAAAGGGAGAAGAUAGUUUAGUGUUUGUGUUAAGUAGAGAGUUAUGUGUUUAGAAAUUAUUUAAGUAAUUAUUAAAUUAAUUGGUACUUUAAUCAUAGUGCUUAGUAAAACAUUACGCCUAUACUUUCUCAAAGGGGUGGACAGAAGAUUAACAUUAACGAUUAGUUUUUAGAUAGUAAUGUAAUUGGUUUACACCGAAAAUGUUCUUGGAAAAGAUUUUCCAUACCAUAAUGUAUAUUUUGGAUUUAAAUGAAUGGUAAACUAUCUUCUUCGUUUGAAAGUUUCCGGUGUAACGUGUGUACCGUGCAGUGCGUACAAUGCGUACAAUGCGUACAAUGGACGUGCAGUUAGAUCUCUAGUCGGUCUAAAUCGAUGAGUGCUAUUGCAGAGCGAGUUCGUCAACUAUGUUAUUUGUUUUGAUGUAAUUAAUAAAUGUUAUGAAAAAUGUA